AUGUUUGCGUUAUGCAGAUCAAAGCAUAUUUUUAAUGCAAUUUUAAGCGUCUCUGCCAUACCCUGUGAUUCCUGUGGCAAUGAAUGCGCCAAUGCUUGUGGCACUAAACACUUCAGAACCUGUUGUUUUAAUUAUUUACGCAAACGUACCGAUCCAAAUGCCAUGAAAAUGAUCACGAAUAAACGUUUAAUCGAUUUUAUAAUGUUGCAAGGACGUGCUAUGUUCACACAAAAUGAAUUGAGUAAUGAGAGAAAACAACAACAACAACAGCAACAAAAACAACAACAACAACAGUAUGAGCAUUUACAUGAACAACAAAAAUUAUUAAUACCACGAUCAGCAUUUCCCUUCAAUGAUGAAGAACGUCAUAAUGGCACCUUUAUAUUGGAAGAUUUACAGGCCUAUUAUGAUUAAAGGAAAUUUAUAAACUAUUUGCAAAUAAACUUAGCGAUCAGAAUGAUAAU